AUGGCUCCGACACAUGAAGCGCAGCGCAGGCUAGCGCUCCCCACCCUCCUGUCAUAUCUAUACGCCCUUAUACCUCUUUCUGUCCUAUUAUCCAUCGCAUUUAUUAAGAGGCAUAAUAAUAGAUCACGAUAUCCAGCAUCCGGUAACAUAACACAUCAAGAUCUUACUCCAAACUUCUCCGAGAAGCACAUCACCACCGACAACGUUAAUGAAAACGCCAUCGGACAAUGUACCGCCGGGACGGUGAUACCAAGUCGUCAAGCUCAACAACUUGAAACGAGCGCAUGCAGUCCGGCUGACAGAGCACCUAAAAUGAAGUCACCGGAAGAGACAGCAACCCCAUCAACAACACUUGUUAACGCUCAAACCCAGUCCUGGCUUCAACUUUCCAACCAGAGUUCGAUGCUCCCAGCCCAACCAUCUCCAUUCCCAGCUGGCCUACCAAGGCUACAAUCUGGAGUCUCACCGGGCGCGGUCCGAAUGACACCACCCGCACCUCACUGGCAACCUGAAGAAACCUCUCGUCCUGCUGACGGGCGGUCCAAGAUCCAUCCACAUCCACAUCCUUUUGGUUCCCCUGUGAUGCAAAAACAACCCGUCGAUUUCCCACAGGUUCAAAGGGAGGAGGUUCAGUUUUUCCCCAGGGCGGGGCCUGAUAAGCGCCAGGCCUGGAGAAGGAGAAUUCUCGAGUGUAAUUAA